AUGGGUUGGCAGAAGUACCGUCAGCAACUGAAGAAGGAUGAAGACGACCAAAAAGACAUGGGAAGUUCCUAUAUAAAUGCCCGACAAGGAGGAAGAAGUUUCUAUUUUGGGAAUAACGAAUCCAUAUUCUCAGCUACACCGACACAAAUCCACAGAGCACAAGCUGUCCAGUUCCCACACCAUAUGAACUUGGUCCUCGGCAUGAACCCUCAUAUCUCUACGCGUUGCCAUACCCAGAGCCAUAUCCCUAGCCCGAGCCCGAGCCCUAGCCCUAGCCAUGCUCCAACCCAGCUCGUGCCGCCGCAGAUGGGUCACUCUCUUAUCUCUAAUGGAGUCUCCGGCGCCAUUUCCGGAAGAAACGGGAUGUUGCAUAGACACAGAAUGUCCGAGUUCGCCUCCGAUCUUGGAAACACAGAGGACGUAAGCGGUAUCACAUGCUGCGACAGGGAAGGGGCCGAAAUGGUGAUGGGCUUGAUGAAUCAGAACGAGAUCAAUGACGCGAUCGAGGAUUUAGUCCGAGGAAGACUGCCUGAGUGGAACCUCGAGGACAUGGGAUUGUCGCCUUUCUCCGAACCCUUGUUGUCUCCUCCCCAAGAUCUGUCUCUUUUUCAGGCGAAUUCUCCAUCUGGCCAUCCAAAUCAAUAUACAGAGCAAGAAGAUGAUGGGUUUGACAGAGAUGCAUGGAAGAUUAAGAUUAGGUGA